AAGUAAGCGCAGCCACGCGCACUCACUCGCAGUCAAUCUGUCAACACAACUCUAUCAAAAAAGACAUUGUAACCCUAGUCUCUCUCUCUCUCUACACGCGCGCGCACGCCCUGCCGCCACCUCUCUCCGCCGCCACACACCAAAUCACUUCCAUUUUUAGCUCGGUGUUUUUGCCUAAAUUCGUCUCGAAUUAUACACCAAUUGAGUAGCCCGCAUAACCUUGCUUGUUGAUUCCCAGGUAUGGGGAUGGGAGAGAGUGAUGAUAUUGGUGAUCAGUUCGAUAGCCAAAACGACGUCGUUGUCGGUGCGCCCCCCAAGUCGCCGUGGAAGAAGCCCGCCGCCGUUUCUCCGGCGGCCUCUGAUUCGGAGUCAUGGCCCGCGCUUGGCGACGCGCAACAGCGGCCGAAGAGCAAUGUGGUUGUCGAUUUCAACUCCGCCAAGUCCCCGCCAGCUCAACCACAUGACCCUCCGGCGAUGCAGCCGGCUCCGGAGCAGCAGAAGUUCCAUGGACGAGGUAAUAUCAGAUCACCCCGUAAGCCCAUUUAUCAACAUAAGACUGGUCCCAAGCAUCAUGGCCCAAAUGUUGCAGCUCCAUUUCCUGUGCCCUUACCCUAUUAUCCACCAGCUUUUCAUACUAUGGUUCCCAUGCCCCCUAAUUCAGCUCCUGGAUACCCUUAUCCAUUCCCUCCGGGAGCUUUUCCCAGAGUUGAUGGUCGUUUGGUAAAGCCUGGCGGUGAUGCUACUUCAAAACCCUUUGUUCCUCCAGCGAAUGGGGAAUUCCAGUCUCCGUUACAUGCUAAUUCAAAUGCUCAUGAUUCCAAUUCUGUUGAAAGGAAGCCUAAUGUAAAAGAACAAGAUGGCCAAAUGAAUCCUUCCUGGAAUAAUCAAAGGCCAGCUGCUUUUAACAACAACUUCCAUUUGCAACAAACAAUGGGUUCGAGAGCUUUCAUAAGACCUCCAUUUCUUGUUCCCGCAGGCUUCAUUGAGGGAGCAAACUUCCAAGGUCCUCCAGGAACUGUGUAUUAUUUUCCUGCUCCUCCUUCAGGCUCUGUGAGAGUACCGUACCCUCCAGUUUUUGUUCCACAUCCUUUGAGCUCUGGAAUUCCAAUGCCACCUUCACCAGUCAUUGCUUUGAGGGCUAACAUCGUGAAACAAAUUGAAUAUUAUUUUAGCGACAAGAAUCUGCAGACUGAUCACCACUUGAUUUCCUUGAUGGAUAACCAAGGUUGGGUGCCAGUAUCACUAAUUGCUGACUUUAAAAGGGUUAAAAGAAUGACUACGGAUAUACCAUUUAUUCUGGAUGCAUUGCAGGCUUCAGAGGCCAUUGAAACACAGGGUGAGAAGGUAAGGAGACGCAAUGAGUGGUCAAAGUGGAUCCCAACCUCUGCUGAUCACCAAGCUUCUCAUGGUUCAAAUGUUGGGAAGAAUGAUAGCAUCAGUGAAAAUAGAGGUGACUGCCCUGAAGGCUUAAAUGAAGUUCCUUCAUCAAAUGGAUUCACUCUGGAUCCCGACCAAUUAGGUGAAGACUGCGUACAUGAAUCAUUUGAUGACAACACUGAUCAUAACAGGGUUGAUGCUUCUUUCAGUGAUAUUUCACAAGGGGAUGAUUCAGCAAAGUCAAGUGUUGAUAAAAACUGCAAAAGCUCAAGGAUGCAGGCUAAUUCGUGUCUCAAUGUGCAACUGAAUGACUUAUCUAAUGAUUUUUCAAGCACAUUUAUGCUUGAUGAAGAGCUGGAACUCGAGCAGGGAACAGUAAGGAGCGAUCGACCUUCUACCUUGGAGAGGUUUGAUGAUGAAGAUGAUGAAAUCAUGGUUAAUGAUCAAGCAGUUGAGAAGCUUGUGAUUGUCACUCAGAAUAGGCGAAAAGGUGAGAGACCGGGUGAGGAAUCAAAGAUCAUUUGCAGUGAGCUUGCUUCUACUAUAAAUGAUGGCCUCUACUUUUAUGAGCAGGAACUAAAAUCAAAUAGAUCUUAUAGUAGACACAAUAAGCCUAUCACCGACAGCAGAGAUGAGAACUCCAGAUGCUUUGCUAGUGAUGCUUCUCUAAUAAAUCCGAGAGCUGUUGAUUGCUCUACUGGGGGAAGCAGCAGUGAAGGGCAUGGAAAUUCUAAUUCUCAAAGGAAGCAGAACAAAGCCAACUCCAAACAGCAUUUCAUUCAUAAGCAGCGGCUUUUCCCUGGCAACUUCAAAACACAUGGAAGUGGGCGGAACUCCCAUGGAAUAAUUUCUGAAAGUCCCCCUAGUGAUGCUAUUGGGUUUUUCUUUGGUUCAACACCUCCGGAUAGUAAUGGGCUGAGGCCUUCAAAAUUGAGUGCUUCUCCUCACAGCCAUCUGUCAGGAAGUAGUCCACCAAUUGGAUCAAUGCCAAAGCCAUUUCCACCAUUUCAGCAUCCAAGUCAUAAACUUCUAGAGGAAAAUGGUUUCAAACAGCAGCUGUACAAGAAGUAUAACAAGCGCUGCCUUGCUGAGCGGAAGAGGAUGGGUGUUGGUUGUAGCGAGGAGAUGAAUACUCUUUAUAGGUUUUGGUCAUUUUUCUUGAGGAACAUGUUUAUUCCUACCAUGUAUACUGAAUUCAAGAAGUAUGCUCUAGAAGAUGCUGCUGCUGGUUAUAACUAUGGAAUGGAGUGCUUAUUCAGAUUUUAUAGUUAUGGCUUGGAGAAGGAAUUCAGAAUGGAAGUAUACAAGGACUUUGAACAGCUUACACUUGACUCUUAUAAGAAUGGUAGCCUGUAUGGUUUGGAGAAGUACUGGGCGUUUCACCAUUACCGGGGGGCUGAUGAACCAGUGGUGAAACAUCCAGAACUGGACAGACUGCUCAGAGAAGAAUAUCGUAGUAUGGACGACUUCAAACGUGAAAAAGCUAAGAGUGCUACUACAAAAAGAUGUUAAGCACUAAGAUUUGGGGAAGGUGGUGGCAUGCCAUGUCAAAUUUUGGGGAGAUAAUUCUAACAGUCAUAUAGAGCAAUGUAAUUCUGACAUGGGAAUCGAAACUGAUUGCCGUCGUCGGUCAUCUCUUUGAGCUAGCUUUUAGUCUAACUUGUUCUACCGCCCGUUGAGGGAGGGAGGGAGCCACUCUGUUUUCCUAAGUAGAUUGUUACAUUGUAUAUAAAUUAUAGCAAAAACUAUUUGAGUGAAGGUUGAGGGGUGGAUGUUAUAGAAAACAAAACAUCAAACGAGGUUUUGUUCAAAUCGAACAUUUGACACUAAACCUUA